CUGGGCUCUCGGGUUUGCCGCCUGGAGAAUCGCCGAGGGGUUUGUGCAAAGCUUUUGGCCUUAGUGGUCGUCUCCAGCAGCGAACGUCGCUCUAACCUGGGUGCGGGUCAGCCGGGGAGGUACGACCUGUCCACCUUGACCAACCCUGGGGCGGGGCACAGGACCACACCCACUCCGGCCUCCCCACCCGCCGCGACCACUCCGCUAGAGCUCGCUCUGGGUGCCCCUCCUCCCCCUCCCUGGUUCCCUGUACUUGCAGGCUCCAGCAGGAGGAGGGAAGAAGGCCGCCCACCCUCCCGACUGCCCCCGCCUCCCACCCGCAGCCUCCGCGUCUGCGCAGCAGAGGUCUGGGCGGCGCCGGCUCUGCAGUGCCCCGGCAGGGCCUUGUUCGGGAGGUCCUCAGGUUCUGAAUCCUGUGCCUGGGAGACCAGACAGGGCCCUGGAACGGGAGAAGGAAACACCUGUCUCAGAAGCUCAAGUUCCUCGUGGGGAAAUGCAGAGUCUCACACCUGAGCAGACUCGAGGGCUGCUGACACCCGAGAGGACCUCAAUGCUGCUGCCCCAGGACAGCAGGACCUGGGACAAGCCACCCCCUCCCACCUUCAGCAGGGACUGGGAGGCUGUGGAAGUUGGGGCCUCCAGCUAUGACAGUGAUGAGAAAGACCUGUCUUCUCAGGAGACUGGGCUUACCCAGGAGUGGAGCUCAGUGGAGGAAGACGACGAGUCAGAGGACUCCCAGGGUUUUGCAGAGUGGUCAAAAGCUCCACAACAAACAACCAUAGUCUUGGUAGUGUGUGUGCUUUUUUUGUUUCUAGUUUUAACAGGGAUGCCUGUUAUGUUUCUUAUUUAACUAUUAUGGUGGCUGUUGUUUUGAAAUAGAUGCCCUGUGUCAUGUUAAAGAAAGUAUGCUGGUUAAAAAUCAGAAAUGAGUGUUGAAUAUUAUCAAAUGCCUUUCAAACAUUUUUUGAGAUGAUUUUUUAAAACUUUUUGGUGUGAGGUUUUACAUUACUGUAUUUAAUUGAAAUUAAGAUAUCACUGAUUGUAAAGCACAUAUUAUUUUGUAUACCACUGAGAAAGAAAAAUGCUAAUUAAUUGUAAGAUGCCACCAACUGGAAGAUGUCUUAUGACUUCCAAGAAGGUG